AUAUACCUUUCUAUCAGAAUUCCAAACAUGCAAUCACGCAUGUGCUAUGAUGACACAGCCUGGGAAAAAAGCGAGGAAAUUGCUGAUACCUGGGUUCGCCAAUUCUUCGACCCCAGCAUCUCAAGACCAAUCGGAAACUUUGUCAUCAGACACCACAACCCAGAUGAAGCCGUUAAAUUCGACAUCUUGGAAAAAGGGGCAUUCAAUAUCGCCCUCCGGAUGACAUACAAAAUUGGUUCUGCCAUCAUACGCUUCCCUCUCCCUGGCGCAACCAUGUUUCCUGAAGAGAAGCUCCGAUAUGAAGUGGCCACCAUGCGCUACAUCCACGACCACACCACCAUCCCCGUGCCGUUCGUUUUCCACUGGGGAUCCAAGAAAGACUGUCCGCUGGAGGUAGGCCCCUUCAUUAUCAUGGAGUAUAUCGAACACCACUCGACCAUGUACGAGGGGAUCCUCGAAGCCAUGUACGGGGAGAUGGCAGGCGUGCUUCUCCAGCUCUCCAAGCCAUCCCUCCCGCGGAUCGGGUCCCUGAGCCAGAUCGACGACUUUACCUGGGAAGUGGCACAUCGUCCAAUCUCGCUGGCGAUGAACGAGCUCGUCCGACUAGGCACCCUGCCGCAAACCCGCCUCCCCAGCAGCAGCACGCCAUUCCACUCGACAUCCCUGUACCUCGAAACCCUCGCAGACCUCCACAUCGCCCACCUCAAGCACCAGCGCAACGACGCCAUCGAGUCCGCCGACGACUGCCGCCGGAAAUUCGUCGCCCGCGCAAAGCUGAACAAGCGAUGGGCGGCGGCGGGAUUCGACACGGGCCCGUUCAAGCUGUGGGGCGAUGACUUCCGCCCCAGCAACGUGCUGGUGACCAACGACCGGAGGAGGAUCGCGAGCAUCGUGGAUCUGGAAUUCACGUACGCGGCGCCCGUCGAGUUUUCCUUUGCGCCGCCCUGGUGGCUGCUUCUCGAGCGACCCGAGUACUGGCCCGGCGGGCUCGAAGAGUGGACCCACUUGUUUGAUCGCCGGCUGCGGACCUUUCUCAGGGCAAUGGGCCGGUGCGAAGACGAUGCGAUCCAGGGAGGACGACUCCUCAACGAGCGGGAUCGGCUCUCGGGCCCAAUGCGGGAGAGCUGGGACAGCGGGGACUUCUGGAUUGUCUAUGCUGCGAUGCGCAACUUUGCCUUUGAUUUGGUAUACUGGCAUAAGAUUGACCGGCGCUUUUUUGGGCCGACGGACGGUGUCGAGGAGGAUGCGUGGAGGCAGAGACUUGGUCUCUUGGAUGACGCGGAGAAGGAAGAGAUGGAAAGGCUGGUUGCGCAGAAGCUCCAAGAGAUGGAAACCAGGGUCCUGGCUUGGGAUCCAGACCCGUAUACAGUGUCCUAUGGAGAUGUUGUCAAGACUUUGGCGGCCAAAAAGAACUGUAACCCGGAGGCCAACGAAGGGGAUGGCGUCGACAAUCUGGAGUCGGAAGUCAAAUGA